GCAAUUGGACCAGUUCAAAAACUUUGUCAGCUAAUUGCUUCCUCCUGCCUCAUCCCUUAUCUCCAUGCUUCAUUCUCACAUGAAAACUUGCCAAUGAUCUUUGCUAACCUUCCAGGCAUGGUUCCCUCCAGUUCAAGAAUUUUCUCCACCCUAAUCUUCUUGUCCAUCUUGGUUCCCUCUGCAAGCUCACUUGCCUUCAACUUCUCCAGUUUCGAUCAGAACACGCCGCAGAGGAUCGACUUCCAGGGCGAUGCAUUCCUCAACAAGGAGAUCAGGCUCACCAAGAACGAGCUUGGCACACGAAUCACCAACAGCGUUGGCAGAGCGGUGUACAAGGAGCCGCUCCUCCUUUGGGACUCCGGCACCGGAGAGUUGACCGACUUCAUCACCCAUUUUUCUUUCGUCAUCGACUCCUUCAACAAAUCAAACUAUGGCGAUGGACUAGCUUUCUUCCUCUCGCCAUACCCUUCCAGCAUCCCUGACAAUUCCUCCGGUGCCUACCUCGGCCUCUUCAGCGAGCAUCCAGCUCCGAACACGUCGCCGAAUCGCACCUUGGCCGUCGAGUUUGACAGCUAUCAGAAUGCUUGGGAUCCAAGCGAGAAUCACAUCGGAAUCGACAUCGAUUCGAUCAAAUCUAAUGACACCGUGGUCUGGAACAGCAGCAUCAAGGAUGGUAGAACGGCGAAUGCAUGGGUCAGUUACACUGCUAGCACUCAAAACUUGAGCGUCUUCUUAACCUAUGCUGCAAAUCCGGUUUUUGGCGGGAAUUCGAGCCUCUCUUACAUCGUCGAUCUAAGGAAAAUCCUGCCGGAGAAGGUGGCCAUCGGCUUCUCAGCCGCGACAGGCGAUGCGGUCGAGAUCCACAACCUCCUAUCCUGGGAUUUCAGCUCAACUCUGGAGCCCAGAAAGAAAAGCCGUACUGGACUGGUGGUGGGGUUGGCUUCUGGCGUGGCAGCGUUGGUAGCUCUGUUGCUAUUGGCUUGUGUAAUUUUGUGGAGGAAGAAGGCGAGAAGAGGGAGAGAUGAGGAGGACAUGGAUUACGAUGAGAGCAUCGAUGAUGAGUUUGAGCAAGGCAGGGGGCCACGGAGGUUUCCUUACAGUGAAUUGGUCAGGGCGACCAAGAAUUUCUCCGAGGAGGGGAAGCUUGGAGAGGGAGGAUUUGGAGCUGUCUACAAAGGCUUCUUGGGUGACCCAAAACUAGAUGUGGCUAUCAAGAGGGUCUCAAAAGGUUCAAAGCAGGGGCGAAAGGAGUAUGUCUCGGAGGUUAAGAUUAUCAGCCGGCUGAGGCACCGGCACCUGGUGCAACUCGUUGGCUGGUGCCAUGGUCGAGGUGAAUUCUUGCUGGUUUAUGAGUUCAUGCCCAACGGAAGCCUCGAUCAACAUCUAUAUAGCACGGAACGGAUCCUUACUUGGCCGAUGAGGUACAAGAUUGCACUUGGCUUGGCCUCGGCGCUGCUCUAUCUUCAUGAAGAAUGGGAGCAAUGCGUGGUGCAUCGGGACGUCAAACCAAGCAAUGUGAUGCUAGAUUCCACGUUCAGUGCCAAACUCGGUGAUUUCGGGCUGGCGAGGCUCGUCGACCAUGAUCGUGGCUCGCAGACAACGGUCCUGGCUGGGACCAUGGGAUACUUGGCACCUGAAUGUGUCACCACCGGCAAAGCUAGCAAGGAGUCUGAUGUCUAUAGCUUUGGAGUAGUUGCAUUGGAAAUUGCCUGCGGUCGAAGGCCGGUGGAGCCUUGGGAGAAACUAAGCAAGGUAAGAUUAGUUGAAUGGGUUUGGGAGCUUUAUGGGAGGAAGACCGCUCUCGAAGCAGCUGAUGAGAGACUUACUGGCGAGUUCGAUGAGCAACAAAUUGAGCGCUUGAUGAUUGUUGGGCUAUGGUGUGCGCAUCCAGAUUAUAAUCUAAGGCCAUCAAUUAGGCAGGCGAUUAGUGUGUUGAACUCUGAAGCUCCUCUGCCUGAUCUUCCUCCGAAAAUGCCCGUGCCGAUGUACUAUGCACCUCCGAUGGACAUGUGCCGAUUUACAUUUACAGCAUCAGUUGAAACUUCGACUGGUAUGAAUUCUACAUCAAGUGGCGGCACCACAAAUUCUUCCAACUCAACCUUGUCUCAGAGUUCAUCUUCCACAUCUUCGUUAUUGAAAUCACAUAAAUCUGAUAUGUAACACAGCAUCAUGCAGUUCAAAAUAACAUAUUACUUUA